CAAAGAUCUCGGUGAUGCACGGGGAAAUAACUCGGUUCAAGGUGCAUAUUAGUUGUAAAGGAAAAACAAUCUGCACAAUCACAUUCACGCCCCACAGGUAUUAUUAUUAAUUAUGAGUUAACCAAAAUGUAUGAUUUAAUUUUAAAGUCAUCAAACUGAAAUAUAUUUUUUAGUAUUAAUAACAGGACUAAAAUACGACAUUGGUGAUCGUUCAGUUUAGAUGCCCAAAUAAAUUCACAAUUUCAUUUUGAAAAAAAUAAAUUUAAAUAAUAAUAAAUUAAAAAUAAUUAAUCUAAUCAUUAGGCUAAUGAAUUGUAUGGAAUUUAAUGAAUUAAUCAUUAUAAACACAACUAAGGCAGUUGUUAUACACUUUAACUUUUAUAAUUUAAGUUAAAACAGUAAGUCAUAAAGCUUUGGACUUUGCUAUUUUUUUGAUAAAACAGUAUGAUGAUAAAAAAUGAAAGUCAACAAUACUGAUACUGAUAAUUUUCAGCAGUCAUAGUAUAGCCAAGAAAGAAACUGCAAAACAAUAAUAACAUGUCAAUGACAUUGUCGUUGUCAUUCUUGAACUUGUGGCAGGUGGCUGCCAUUGAAGAAAGAACCGUAUAUUAGACUUAGAGUUAGAGACUUUUUGAAGUCACUGUCAUGGAACUUCCAUCUCUUACCAUCCUUCACUGCUGCCGUUGGCGUUUAGGCGGCAAGGCUAUUGACAAGAAGCACAGGUGAACAGAUUGUGUUUGGCAAUGAAACCACGUUCAGCUGGCCACCCAAACUGUGUGCAUACUUCUGACAACUUGUUAAUCAGAUAUUUCUGGCAACAGCAUUGGCAGGGUGUACUUGUCAUUUUGCAGACGCAUUCUGAUAAUUAAUUGCUUUUGGAUUGACAAUGGUUGUUGGAGCUCACAGUCUUCCUGCUAUUUAUAUGUCAGAAUUUAAUUAUUUAAAAUAAAAAUUAAAGUUUACAUUAAUUUAAAACUAGACAUCCAGAAUUUGCACAGACUUCAAUUCAUUAAAUAUAACAAAUUUGAAUAAUUUGGGCACUUAAACUGGAUGAUUAUCACAAGAUGUUUUUUGAGUAUUACUCUUACACCUAGGCCUAACUAUAAGCCUACUAUUAUAUCAUAUGCUACUAUUACCUAGUAAAUAGGCCUAUUAAUUAUUAUUAUUAAAUUAGUAUAUGGGAAUUGUGUCAUUUUAAUUUUAGGCCUAUUUAAUUUUUUUAACUUUUAGAUUUUUUGUAGUGGAAGUUUACUAUUUAGUGUUUUUACUCUCACUGUCUUAAUCUUACUGUCUUACCCUUACACGGCUAUUGCCUAUUGUUUAGUAAUUGACCAUAUGUGGCUUUAGGCCAAAGAUGUGGUAUAGGCUUUUUUUUUUUUACUUCUAAAAGACCUUGUUAAGGCAAUUAAUUUUACUUCCAAGUUAUGCAAAGUGUAAUUUACCUCUUGGGUCUGGGAGGAGUAAUUGGCAAUGAUAUGUUAACGAUUAGACUAAUGCAAAAUUUAAAUAGUGAUCGUGCUAGAAUCGGUCUUAUCAGCUACACCCUCAGACAGAAUCAGCCCCAAUGCAAAUCUGAUGAUUAAAAUGGUCUUGACAGAUUGGGGGUGGAGGAUAACAUAACUAGGCCAAUAUUUUUAAGUAAAAGUAGAAGCAUUAGCAAUUAUUAUUGCAUGUAUCUUGACCUAGUUUUAUUACAACUUAGAGCUCAAGCAUCCACCACUCCUAUCCCCCUUCUUUUGUUUUGCUUUGUUAUUGACGUCAUCCAUUAAAUGUGUAACACUCGGCUCCACCCUCUCCUCCCUUAAUUUGAAAAAGGUUUUUUACACUCUAAUAUAUUAUAGUUUGUUAAUAGUAAAUGAAUUGAAUAGUUAAUUAGAACACUAGUAGUAGUUUCUACCAGUCAUCUCAAUUGACAAAAUUAAGAAAUAAAUAAAUGGCUGCAAGCAAAGUAGGAUAGGCCUUCUUUUUUUUUCUUUCACCUCAUUAACUUUUAAUGUAACUAAUAACAAGGAACAUCAUCAUCAUUCAUAUAGACCCAACUAAUAUCAGUUAUUAUAAGGACUGCCCUAUGUUUACCACUGCACUUGAGGCUGCUAACAAAAAUUUUGUCUUUAUGAAAUUUCAGGUCUAAAAAUGGCAAUCCCACACAAGUUUUUACUAGCUCAGGCCUGCUUAUAUCUGCUGCUGUUUAUUCUGUCAUUCUUUGUAUGCGUUCCUGCUGGUGUAAAUGUCAGUGAUUUCAAUGGUCACUGCCUUCUCUAUUCAUCUGGGAAAUGGAAUACUACCUCACCCUCUUCAGUUACUUUGCAAGAAGUUGACUGGGGACCCAAUAGUGCUUGCAAUUUUACAGUAUUUAUUGGGGUCAUUUCAUUGAUUACUUCUCUGUUGUACUUGGUGUGGACAUCUGUUCUGCUGGUCAAAAGUAUAGAAAGGUAAUAUAGAAUAGAUUCUUCAGAAAGUUAAGUGAGGUUACAUAAUUUUAGUAAGACUCAAGAGUCAGAUGUAAUAUAUGUAAAAUAAGAGUGCUGUAGUAAAGUUUGUACAAAAAGUUUAGUGAUAUGCUGUAUAUUGUUGAAAAAGUGAGUGAGGUAGUAUAAUUUGCACUUGCAGCUGUCAAAAAUUAAUAAAAAGCAACUAUUAAAUAUCAUUGAAGAGAUACAUUUUAAAAUUUUAAUGAGACAAAGCUGGACAAUAUGGCUUUUUAGCAUUUUAAUUUAGAAUCAUGUAGAAUUAUUGUCUGGGUUAAAUGUUUAUAAAUUUAAACAUUUUUUUUUAUCAGCUCUUGGUGCGAUGCUUUUAUCAAUCUUAUGGUCAAUUCCAUCAUCUGUGUUUGUAUUUUCUCCACUGCAAUGAGUGUUAGUGUAGGCUUCAGAGAUUGGUGUCAGCUAAUUACAAACCCUGUUUCUGGAAUACAAAGGUAAAAAGGCCAAAGAUGUUUUCUUUACUAAUUUAUUCACAUUAUGCUUACUGAUGUGAGUUACAUGGUUUGAAAUAAAGUUUUUGUUUCCACUAUCAAAAGAUGAAUAUUAAAUAUAAUACAAUCAAAAAGAAAAACUACAUUUUUUAUUAAUAAUAAAUAAACUUGCCUGCUCUAUUGUUCACAAAUUCAUAUUCUAAGAUGCCACCCACUCAACUCUCAAAUAUGGCUUCUCUUUAGCAUAUAGGAAUACAUUCAACAGUAAUUAUUGAUUUUUAUUAAUAUUUAGUGUUCAAAAGUGAUUAUUUAGCGAAUAACAGAAUACUUUUCACAUUAAUUAAAUCUAGGUUAAAAUAUAAUAUGGUCUAUUGAAUUGAAAAAUAUAUUAAUAUCUAUAUCUUCAGCAUUUAUUCUUUGAAGUGAAAUUUGAAUUUUCUUUUUAGAAUUCAAAAUGUAAUUUGAUCAAGUAAGUUUAUGUUUUUAUUAACACACAUUUGUUAACUCUUUUUUUAUCAGAUGUGAGGAAGGUCAGUACUUGCAUUUUGAUGAUGGUAUAGGUAUCAACCCUGAGAACUUCUAUACCCAAUGGCAAAUGGCACAGGUAAUAUUAAGGAUGUUUUUAUUUUUUUUUAUAUUUGGCAAACCGAUUAUUGUUCCCAGAUUCACUUUCAAAUUGCUCUUCAAAGUCACGUGAAACUGACAUAUGAUAUUCAUAGAAUUGUAAGUGGCAGUUGAAUGUUCAUCUUUUUUUAGAACUGACCAAGCAACUCUAAUCUAAUGAUACAAGUUACCUGUGGUUUAUCACAGAACUUGACCAUGUGCAGAAUUUAGUUUUGUUUGUUGACCAAUAAUUGAAAUGACUAAUUCACUAUGUUGUGUAACACAUACCUUCAGAACAUUGUCAAACUCACAAUCCCACAACAGCUGACCACAGAGAUCAUUAUGAAUCCUAGGCAAAACACAUUUAGAGUUCAUCUAUUUUUUUAAAUGACAGCCUUUACCCCAAAAUAUUCUGUCACCACCGGAUCUUCAAAUCUGAUACCGUUCAGUUUUUCAUUUUUUAAAAUUAAUCUGAACUUCUUUUAUUCAUUAAACAUUUUUUUAAUGUCUGGGAGUUUAAAGAUAUUUGUACAAAAAAUGAUUAAAAAAAAAAAUAAUGAAAUUCUAUUAUUAAUUAUUGCGUUGUAAAAAAAACAACUGAUCAUCAGUUUUAAAAUCAAUAAUGUGAUAUCUGAUUAUUGUUAUACAUCAAAUUAUAACAAGUAAUAGAAAUAUUUAAAAAGACAUAACCAUGUUUUAACUAAGUUUAUAUGGUUACCUGGAUUAAAAUACUAGUUGUAUAACUUUACCUUAAGUAAUAAAUUAUGAAUUAAUUAUUUUACCUACUUUGAUCAAUAAUCAGUAAAACCAAAACUCCCCAUAUUAUGAAAGUUUCCAUUGUCACUUUAAUUAUCAUUGUUAUUUCCUGAACAGUUUGGAAUAUGGAGUUGUUGGCUCACAUGGCUAGCUUUGUCUGUAAUGUCGGUGGUUCGUUUGUACCAGUACCAUCGCCAAGAAUCCUUCUCUCAGAGCAUGAAUCGUGAAAGACAGCGUUUGCUUGCACGAGUGGGAAAGAGUUCUGAGCCAGCAUAAAUAUUCUACUUCAGUACUUUCUUAUUAAUAAGUUUAAAAUAAUACGAUUCACCAGUUCAAAGAAAAUUGUUUUUAUUUUAUCUUAAGAUUUCAGGAUCAUAAAAUAAUAAUGCAGUUUUAAAUGAAAGUUCAAAUUAAUUUUCUCUAAAAAAAAAAAAAAUUUCAUUCCUUAUGCACCCGUUCUAAGAAAAUACACAUUUUUUUAGUUUAAUAGCAGUAUCCUUCUUUGAGCAGAUUCAGAUAAAUAUACAUUUAGACGCAGUUUUCACUUUCUACAAUGACAAUAUCUGUUAUCAUAGUAUAUCCCUUAGAAUGAUAAAACAGGUUUUUAUUAAAAUUUAAUGCAUCUGCACAAACAAACAAAAUCAUGUGUAAUCUACUUAUAAUCUGGUAUACAGGUACACUAUUAAUCAUUAGGAUACAAGAUUAACCAAAAUUCCUUACAUUGUUAAAUAGAGAUUGCCACUAUACCUUUUAAGAACUCUUAUGCAAGGUUUAAUAUAUCAAAUGAGUUAGAAUUUUUUUAUUUAUUCAGGAAGCAUUGACUGCAGUUAUAAUGCAAUAUUUUAAAAGUAAAAUAUGCUCCAAAAGGUAUAUAACACAAUUUAUAAAGUCUUAUUUUUUAAAGUCUGAUGGCCAAACUCCUUCCAUAUUCCUUAUCUCUAUUAUAUAAAUAAUGAUAUGAUAACGAUUGCAAUCACUAAAAAAAUUUUAAGUUCCUUAUAUCUUUCAAAUUGUAUAGAGACUUCCUUGCCAUUUUUACUGUUAAAUGCUAGUUAUUUUUCACUCAAGCUUAAAACAUGGUUAAAUAGUACCACCCCCAUGGGUUGUCUCUAAGUAUUAUUGAACAUGUCAACAUGGUGCUUUCAUACUGUCACUUUUUUAUUGCUUUUUGUAAAAUAUGCAAAAUGUUGUUUUUUUACAACAUAAAGUUUAUUAUUUAAAAAGUUGUAUAGCUUAUCAUCGUGUUACGGUAAAACAAACUUAUGAUGCAUAUCAUUUAAAGAAUCUGAGGAGAUUUUCAAUAAAAUAUAUGUCAGAAUUAUAUUUAAAUGAAAUCCUUAGAGUUUAACUAAUAAAUUGAAAUAUUUUGUCAAGCAUCUUUAUUAAGCAAGAAAUUCACUAAUUCUCUUAACAAAAGGUAAGACUAUCACUGGCAGACAUUUAUUUAGAACACAAAACUAUUCAUUAUUGCUGGUUGAUGAUUUGUGCAAUAAAUAAUGUAAUUAAAAACAAUUUAAAGAAAACCUUAUUAGGAACAGUAUUUACAUAUGCUGAUAAUGUUACAUCCUCUUUUGUGGGAUGAGAUUAAUCUCUUAUAGCCCUGGCUAAUAUUUUGGCGGCUUGUCUCAUCUGGUGGACGUCACUGUAAAUCAUGUUUUCAAUGCAGGUCUCUGGGUACUGACCCUCUUCACCCCACCCCCCCUUCCCAUUGCCGGGGCAGUCAACCACGAGAUGAGACAUGGUCUCCUCUGUCUGGCAACAAAAUCAGCAGUUGGGUUCCCUUCUGCUGAGCUUUGGCUAACAUAGAGUCUAACAUGAAUGUUACAUAUUAUUUGUAUUUUUUUAACUUACACCUUUCUUUUGAUGCUUAUUGAUAUUUCUAAAAGAGAAUCUUUGCUAUCAUAUAACAAUAAUGAAUUAUAUUAUUUUCUUGUUAAAUUCUAGAUGAUGGUGUGUAAAAAUUACAUCUAUGGCUAAAAAAAUAUGAAUGUUUGUUAGGUUUGCUCUGAUUUAUUGAAUAAUAAAUCAGUCAUCUCCGAUUUUGCCAGGUAUGUUGGGAUGAAUCAGCAAAGUGAAAUAAGCAUUAUUUGUUUAGAAUAAAAGUUGUUAUAUAGGUAUCUAAAGUGAUCAUUCUAUUGAACAUUCUUCUAAUAAACAAAAAAAAAUUAAAUAGUGAACUCAUUUAAAUUAAGAGGUGCUGGAAACUAUUCAAUUCUUGUAAUAGUGAACAGGCCAUUGAAAUCUCCUUUGGAUUAAGACUAAAUUAAAGAUGUACUAUAUUUUGGGUUAUAAAAUAAAUUCUCAUCUAAUUAAUUAGUGAGCAGUUAUUAUCAGGAUAUUAUUGAUUUAAUUCAUGUGUAAA